AUGGACAAGGAGGCAUCCAGCAAGCUGCCCAACGAGCCAGCGAAACGUCCUCUCCUGCCCAAGAAUUCUAAGAUCCACAAACGCCCCAUCAACCGGGGCCGGGUCUUCAACAGGGGAGGCGCACCUCUCAGCUCCAAGCAGCCCAUCAUAUACAUCGCCACCAAGUCGCCGUUCAUGGGCAUCGUAAAUAAGGUCCGGCACGCUCUUGACAAGUCGCCCUCGCCCCGGUCGACCAAGGGUCUGCCCCUCGCUGCGCGGAUGGCGGCACUCAAUUCGCCGGCAUCGUCUGACCGGCUCGAGGAGGAGGUACUGGUGCGCGGCACCGGCCGGGCCAUGGCCAAGGCGCUGCACAUCGCGGCCUGGUUCAGCAAGCAGAAUGAGUACCUGGUCAGUGUCCGUACGAUGAGUCUUGAGACGGUUGAUGAUGUUUUGGUCGACGAGGACGGUGCGGACGAGGAAGGUGGAUUUGCGGCGGAAGAGGAGUCCAGAGCGAGGAUGGUGAACUGCUUGGAAGUCGGCAUAAGCCCCCGGUGA